ACGUUCUUAGAGACACCAUUUGCGAUAUUUCGCUGCAGAUCCGUCUCUCAUUUCAUUCAGCAGUUCGUACUGUUCGCCUUCGUCCUCUCUCUCUCUCUCUCUCUCUUUCUCUCUCGCUCGCUUUAGAUCCAAUUUUGGUAGGAUGAGGUUUUGAUCUUGCUGUCAGUGCUUUGUUGAAACUACCGCUUUUUCCCGAGCGGCUUAAAUUGGAUUCUCUGUACUUUGUCUUGAUUUGGGUGGAUUCAGCGAUUUGGGGACAGAAAUGCAGUUCUUUGGAGGGUCGGAGAUCAGCCCAUCGCCGCCGGCACCGACGGCGUCGGGAAACAACUGCCACAUGAUGUACGUGUUCAACAGGAACGGCGUUUGCUUGCUCUACAGGGAGUGGAAUCGCCUGCUCCACACCCUCAACUCCCAGCAGGACCACAAGCUUAUGUUCGGCCUACUCUUCUCUCUCAAGUCCCUAACUGCAAAGAUGGAUCCCACUAGGUAUUUUCGAGUUUCAAUAUUAUUCCGUGCAGAGAAAGGAAAUCUUGGGGUGCCUCAGUUGCCUGGACAAGGGUGCUCAUUUCACAGCUUUCGAACAAAUACAUACAAACUUAGUUUCAUGGAGACUCCAUCUGGUAUAAAGAUCAUCCUUGUUACACAUCCCAGAACUGGUGAUCUAAGGGAGUCCUUGAAGUAUAUCUACAAUUUGUAUGUUGAAUAUGUUGUUAAGAAUCCACUCUAUACUCCAGGAACUCUAAUUAGGUGUGACCUAUUCAAUAAAACACUUGAUCAGUACGUACGAGGCCUUGGAUAAGUUUUGAGGUGCCUUUCUGCUUUCUGAUUAGACUACACCUGCACUGGCCCCUCGGUAAAGGAUGCACGUCUUGUCAUGUGAAGUUCACCAAAGCCACUUGUGGAAUGCAUACCAUGAAUCGAAUAUGAUUCAUUAAAGUUGUAAACUUGUGAGAUAAGGAUAUUCUUAAUUUGUUGAUAUUGGCUUAGCGUCUUGAGGCUGCGCUUCCGCUUUAGGAAACCUCAGCUUCUUCACUCAAAAAGUAGCAGACGAUGCUGCAUAUGGUUGUGGAAAAAAUACUUAGUACUAGGGAUGAUCGCUUUUGUGUAGUCCCGUCGCUCGUGCUCUUUAGUUCAGCAUAGGAGAUAAAUUGUUGGUGGAGACUUUGUUUUAUUGAGUAGGAUAAGGAAUUGAACCCAUGACUUACUAAUGCGAAUUCCAGUUUAACGUGACCCA